AUUCCUAGCAGACAGAGGAAACGGGAAGCUCGCUCCCAUUGGCUGCUGUACCUGUUGACUGUAUAAUAGUUGUGAUCUGCAAACUGGUGUCAGAACAAAGUCGAACUAGUAGAAGGAAGUAAGAACAGCUUUCGCAGGUUAAUUACUAUAAGGAGGAAUACUGUGUUCUUACUAAUUUUGUUAUCUCUUCGGAAGUUAACUAAAGAAAAAAAAAUGCCCCUGGGGCUCAGAGGGAAAAAGAAGCCCAAGUCGAAGGAGAACUCGAAAUUGGUUGAAAACGAGGAGCUUGGAGAGAGGGGAGGAUUGGCCGGGGGAAGCACACGUAAAGCCGCAACUAGUAAUGCAGCUGGCCUGCCUCCUCCGCCUGUCAACCUGCGCCCCAAACUGGUGUUCCACACGCAGCUGGCACACGGCAGCCCCACGGGCAGGAUAGAGGGGUUCACCAACGUCAAAGAGCUCUAUGGGAAAAUAGCUGACGUUUUUCACCUGUCUCCCUCCGAGAUCUUGUUCUGCACAUUGAAUACACAUAAAAUUGACAUGGACAAACUCCUGGGAGGACAGAUCGGCCUGGAAGACUUUAUAUUUGCACACACUAAAGGAAUUAAAAAAGAGGUGGAAGUCUUCAAAUCCGAAGACGCCUUGGGGCUCACCAUCACAGACAAUGGGGCCGGAUAUGCAUUUAUAAAGCGCAUCAAGGAAGAGAGCGUAGUGGACAAAGUCAAAGUGAUCGGUGUUGGGGACCACAUAGAAUGUAUAAAUGGGAGGAAUAUUGUUGGCACCCGGCAUUAUGAGGUGGCGAAGAUGCUAAAAGAGCUGCAGAAGGGAAAGGCGUUUACAUUAAAGCUUGUGGAGCCCACAAAAGCAUUCGAAAUGAUUGAGCCGAGGUCAAAAGGAGGGAAAACGGGAGGAGACACUAAAAUUGGCACCGGGCGAGGGACAUUAAGACUACGGUCAAAAGGCCCUGCUACAGUGGAAGAUGAACCGACAGAAUUUGAAGAAAAAGCUGUCAAAAAGGUGGAUGAUCUACUGGAGAGUUACAUGGGAAUCCGAGACACUGAAUUAGCUGCCACCAUGGUGGAGGUUGGAAAGGAUAAGCAGAACCCCGAUGAGUUCGCAAUGGCACUUGAUGAAGCUCUUGGAGAUUUUGCAUUCCCAGACGAGUUUGUCUUUGAUGUCUGGGGAGCAAUUGGUGACGCAAAGGAGGGACGGUUUUAACAUUGACUGGAAAUAUUUAAAUGAAUCAGUGUUUUGGGGGGGGGGGGGGGGGGGUAAAGAUGUUCUUUUUUUUUAGUUUUUUUUUAAUUUAAAGAGGGCAUUUUUAUAUAGCUGGAGUCCUGAAAACAUACAGUUGUGGUAUUUAAAAAAUUAAAACUACUAGCUAACUUUUGAGAUGCAGAGCUUGAUGCUCAACCAGGGUACUUACAUUUUUACUGUGUUUUUUUCUUUUUAUAGAAAUAGUUUUGCUCUUGUAAAAAAAAAAAAAAAAUAAUAAUAGUUUUCUAUAUUGAUGAUACACUUAUCAUAAUUCAAGGGAAAUGUUGAUUGCAGCCUGCUUCUUCCAUCAGGAAGCCAGAAAAUAACACAGUGUAACAAAUUUUUAUUUAUUUUUUGUUCCUGGGUAGUAAGUGUUAUUUCCUAAUUGCUUAUGC